UUUAUGUGACGUCUAUCUUGCUAAGUGUAUUAAUGCGAAAAUCAGUCAGUUUCUUGCCGCAACAACAAACUAUUGAAUUUAUUUUCAAGAUUCACCGCGAGUUUAAAAAACAUGUCAUAAUAUUUUGACCGAUAUGAUACAGAGCAAAUCUUAUUGUCAUCAGAACAAUAGAAUGACUGUCAUUCAUAAAGAUUAUGUAUCACUGGUGAGGCAGUGUGCCACAGAAAGGGAUAGAUGCUAAGACAUGGCGUCGUGGUUAUUCAUCGCGGCCAUAUUUGCAGCUGCAAACGCACAGAGUAAUAGAAAUGAUGGGCCGCGGUUUUUGUCUAGAGGACAUUCUUUUAGAACUGUGGUAGGAGACACACUUCUGUUGCCGUGUCAAGUACAAAAUUUAGGUUCGCUGGUUCUACUAUGGAGGCGAGGUCCCGCUGUACUGACGGCAGCCAGUCUCAUGGUCACUAGAGAUGAGAGGUUCCGUCUUGUUGAUGGCUACAACCUUCAGAUCACUGAUGUGGGGCCACAGGAUGCUGGUGACUACGUCUGUCAGAUCUCAGACCGAGUGGCCCGAGACCAGGUCCACACAGUUGAGGUACUGGUCCCUCCCAGUGUGAGACCCUCACCGGAGUCCCGACAUGCCGCCGCCAGAAGGGGUGGAGCUGCGGUACUGGAAUGUAGAGCGUCUGGGAAUCCUGUGCCUACUGUUACAUGGCAUAAGCUGAAUGACACAAGUACCCGGCUCGGCGAAGGGCCGCAACUUCAGCUGUCGCGAUUGGAGCGUCAACACAGCGGUCGUUACGCGUGUACCGUUGAUAACGGCGUUGGACCGGCAAUUGUUACCGAGUUCCAGUUGCAGGUGCUAUUUCCCCCUGAGAUCACAGUGGAAAGAUCGUGGGUUCAUACGGGAGAAGGGUUCAGAGCUGAACUCUUGUGCACGGUGUUAGCUGACCCUCCGUCUGAGGUACUGUGGUACCAGAACUCGUUUCCACUAUCUGCCAGUGAGAGGGUCACCAUGUCGGUCCGCGGAAAUAACCACACCCUACUCAUUGCUAACGUUCAACCGGAGGACUUUGGGAACUACACCUGUGUAGCAGACAACAGUCUAGGUCGAGCUCGCCAACAUGUAGAAGUGUCAGGUCGACCUGGUCCCGCCAGAUUUACGUCUCCUCCCCUGGCGAGGGCACCUACGUCCUAUACCCUGGCGUUUGCAGUGGACAGCUAUCCUCCUUUGGAUGAGCUGCGGCUCCUGUACCGUCAGCUAGCUAUCAACGAGUCCUUCCAGCAGCCAGGUCGUUGGCAUGAUGUGGUUAUCCCAGCUCCAGAACCAACGGGAUCCCUGACACACCGCGUCUCUCAUGAGCUGAAGGGGCUCGAGCCAGGUGCGGUGUACGAAGCUAUCGUUCAGGCCAAGAAUCGAUAUGGGUGGAAUGAGGUAAGUGACAUCUUCCAAUUCCACACCCUGGGUGGGGCACACUCUGUACACGCGAAUGAGCUCUCACCUAUGUUCUCGUCGGCAUCUCAAAUACGACUGACGUUUUCGCUGCUAGUUUGCUCGCUUUACGCCUUCGGAUGACUAGACAACAUCAAUUCUGACAUUUCCGUUCGUUAUUCCCGCAGAAUAACUUUUAUACCUGAAUUGUAAUUUUGAUAUUUUAUAUUAAAUGUAUAUUUUGUUUUAAGUCUAGGUAAUUUCGAUUAUAUGGAUAUAGAGUUUGAGGAAUUUCUUACAUACUAUAUCCAUGUAAUAUGUAGAAAUAAUUAUCGUUAAACGAUUACUACUAUAACACCAAAGUAUCUAAGGUAGAAGUUUCUACAUCUGUCAUGGUUUUGGUAAAACAUUUUCAUCUUAUAACAAGUCUUUAGUCAUUUAACAUUAAGGUUCUAGCAACGGUGAAAGCUUCAAUAUACAAAUACUUAUAAUUUCCAAUUUCCUUUUACAAAAACAUGACAGAUACAAUAUCUAAGUGUUGUGAUUAAGCCAUUUAAAAUUUAAUUUAAAUCCAACUUUCGUAAUUUUUCCUUACAUUUCAGACAGAUUUACUUAUUUGACCAAUUUUGUAUGUUUGUAAAUCGGCCUAUUAAGUUUUGUAUAUAGAAUAAUCUUUUUCUCAACAUUAUAUAAAAUAAAUUCUAGCGGCCCUAGUUUUACUCCUUGGUAGACCAUGGUUUUAUUUAUGUACUUUCAUAAAAUUUUGAUAUUCUCGACAUAAGCGUUAGACUAUAGAUAAUGUUUUUUUAAUAAUAAAAUAUUCAAGGUUGUCGGUGAAUUUAAGAAUUCGAACAAGGCGUUGUCUCAUUCUUAUGUGUCGCUCGACAACACAUAGUAUUACUUUUCAAACAUCACAUCCAUAUGAAUGAAUUUAUAUCUAGACAUAUUUAAUAUAAGCAAUAAAAGUGUUAGUGAUAGUGUCGCUAAUUUAGACUUAGGCUAAAGGCAAGUUGUCUAUAUUUGCUUAUGAAGUUCCGUGAUUGGCUAGUAUUUCUACAUUAUUUAGUUAUUAAUUGACCUACUACAAUGUUUUGUAUUUAGAUUUCAAAGUCACGACUUAGCGCUAGGAAUGACUUUUGUCAAAAUAUUGGAUAAAUAAAGUAUUGGAUUGUGACCUAUCCGAGUCAUAAUCAUAGAUAGUCACGUGACAAGUGUGAACCACGUCCAGAUACAGCGUAUAUCGUGACAACGUGUAUCCCGUGCAGAUCUUUAUCUGGAGAGAUUAAAUAAAAACAGUCAAUGCUUCAAUAAAAUAUGAUUCAUUUAAAAUACACAUUGCAACUGUAAAUUAAUCUAUCAAUAGUUGUCAUUUUGUUCUAAAGUUGUUUGUGAAUUUAUUUAAAGUUUUGACCAACUCUCACGUGUAUAAUCAGCAUUAGCAAAUAUGAUACACUUGCCAAUAACAUAUUUUGCAAGCUCUUGUAAAUAUUUUCAAAUACAUUCAUAAAAUGUUUUUUUGUUCUAUACAAGCUAUGCGUUUUUAUUUUAUUUUUUUACCGACCAUUCUCCACAAGCCGGGUAGCAAAAUUUUAAUAACGAAGAGAAUUGUUUGUAUAAUUAAAGUACAUUUUUAAUACGGCGUAACUCACGUCAAGUAAGCAAAACCCUUCUUGUCAUACAACAAAUGAUAAAACUGAAAAUAC